AUGACGGAUAUUGUGAGCACUGCUGUGGCAGCUCGGACAGAACUCACGCUCUGCGUCUUCUGCGGUGCCAGUCAAGGAGCAUCGCCAAACUAUGCGGAGGAGACACAAGCACUCGCUGUGGCCAUGAGCUCUCAGUCGUGGUCUCUCAUUUACGGUGGUGGCACGCUUGGGCUGAUGGGUCACCUCGCCAAGAACCUAGUACGGCUCUCUGGACCAGAGGCAGUCCACGGUGUGAUUCCCGAAGCUCUGAUCAGAACAGAGCGAGGAGUAAUCAAGCCCGAAGUCAUCGAGUAUGGCAAGACGACUGUGGUGCACAGUAUGCAUGAACGAAAGGCUUUGAUGGCCAGUGAGGCGGACGCUUUUGUGGCGCUGCCGGGUGGCUAUGGCACGGUUGAGGAGCUAUUCGAAGUAAUUACGUGGAACCAGCUUGGAAUCCAUGAUCGUCCAAUAGUCUUGUUCAAUAUCGGUGGCUUUUUUGAUCACCUUCUUGCUUGGAUUGAGAAUUCUGUGGUUCAGGGAUUCAUAUCAAGGGGAACGGCCGAUAUCGUCAGUGUGGCAAAUACACCAGGAGAGGUUAUUCAGAAAGUCCAGGAGUACAACUACUAUACAAAAAUGGCUGCCUCAAUCCCAAUUGUUGCCAUCAUAGGGCCUACUGGCAUCGGCAAAACACGUCUCAGCGUUAGAAUUGCAACGGCUAUCGAUGGUGAGGUGGUCUCGGUCGACAGCAUUCAAGUCUACCGUGAUUGCCCCAUAAUGGCAGCACAGGUUACAGUCGAAGAGAUGGAGGGUGUUCCUCACCAUCUGGUGAACUACUUGGAUGUAGCUGAAGAACCUGUCGACUUUAUUGCAACAGCCAUUCAGAGCAUCCAGUCCAUCCAGAGCCGAGGUCACAUCCCCGUUAUCUGCGGUGGCUCUACGUCUCUCAUCGAGCCACUUCUGUUUCAUCCGUUCGUCAAGGAUCAGAAUCUCCUCGUAAUAGUUCUCAAUUCCGAUGUGCAGACCGUUGGCAACCUUUGCGACGAACGCAUCGAGCAAAUGUUGAAAGACGGCCUCUUAGACGAGGUCAAGCACCUCUACGAACUGGAGAAACAACACGGUCGGGAUAAGGACACUCUCCGCACUGGUGCCUGGAAGUCAAUCGGCUACCCUGAGCUUCGUGCGUGGUGUAGCGCGAGAAGCACCGAGGAGGCUCAAAUUUUGCUCAGAGACGGGACGCAGCUGAUGAAGCAAAAUACAUUGAACUAUGUCAUCACACAGUUCGAGCUCCUGUGGUCUCGCCUGAUACCGGCAAUGUCAGCAACGAAGCGACCAUUCCACGUUUUUGAUGUGAUUUCUCGUGAGGCCUUCUCACAGGAUAUUGAACGGCCAGCCGUCAUGCUGUGCAAGGAGUGGAUCUUGAAUGCAGCGAGAGCUAGUACUUCGGGAGUGCCUUUAAAUGUUGGCUAUGGGGCCAGUGUCAUUAGGGAAACGACCAAGAUCCCUGGUGCGUGGGAUGUGAACGGACUGUAA